AACACUACAUGCACGCUAGUGGCUAGCACUGCCGCAGUAGGUCAGUCGGGUGUACGUACGGUGCCAUGGCCUCGGCCUCGCUGCCGCUCCUCGUCAUCGUCCUCCUCGUCUCGGUCGUCGGAGCUUGCACUCGUGCUGCCGAGGCGGCGGCUACCCGUAGGAAGGACGAUGUCAUCACAACAACCACCAGCAGCAGCCGUGGAUCAUCCUCACCGUCGUCGUCACCCUCCCCAGGAGCAGCAGCAGAGAAGAAGGAGAAGCCCAAGGGCGGUGGCGGCGCGACGUCCGCGAAGAAGCCGUCGCCGCCGGCCAAGUGCGUGACGAGCAAGGACUGCCACCUCAAGCGGCUGGUGUGCGCCAAGAAGUGCACCAUGGCCGCACACAACAAGUGCGCCGCCAAGUGUUCCCACUCUUGCAACGCCCUCCCCAUCUGCACCUAGCUGACAUGCAUGCUAUGUAACCCCCAGUAAAAAUAUUAUUUAUUUAAUAAAAUGGACCACAUGUCUGUAGUUCAAUCCGUAUGUCAGCCUGUGCAAUCAAAGAGGAAUGUGAAUUGAUAUCUAUACUACUUAUUAA